AUGAAAGUACCUCCUCCUGCUCCACCAGUACUAUCACAGUAUCGCCACGCGAAGUCAUUUACCUCUUCCCAUAGACAAGUACCCACUCACAACAACCAGAAUAAUUACAAUGGUAGUAAAUGUAACGUAGAGGAUUACUUUUCAAACUGUAGUGUUGCUAAUAGUAGAUUUGCGAAAUUUGGAAAACGACAAAGGUUCAAAGCGUCUAGAUUGCCGCUGGCGGCAACUCCUCCGCGUCAAAUUCAACGAACCUCUUCUAAAUAUGAUCUUGUUAAUGAUAUUCAACAACAACAGCAGCAACAAUAUCCGAGAGGAUAUGUGCAGCAGUUGUCGAAUCCGAAUCACCAAGACGGAAUGGAAGUAAAUGAACUUAUGCUCUCUCUUGCUGCACUUUUAAAAAAACGUGAAUCCCAAAUAGCAAAAUCGAUGGACACUCGAUUCGAAAUAAGUAAAUCCACCAUAGUCGAAAUGAUGAAACGGUACCUCGAAAAAGAAGAAAGAAUGAUGAGUAAAGUUGCAACAGAGUAUAAGACUCGUAUGGAUGAACAGGACGAACAAAAGGUUGGCUGGUUAAAGAAAUUACAGUUGGGAUUUGAGGAGUAUCAGAAGAAAACCGAAGAUCUCCUCGAAGCCCUCGAAAAAAAUUACACAGAGAGUUUACGAGAUCGGCGCGAAUUCGAUAAAGAGAUUGAGAAAAUUUCUCGUGAACAAGAACAAGAAAUUGCCCAAAUCCAAGAGAAAAUACACGAUUCCAGUCAACAUAUUCGUCAUACAUUGGCUGCUGCAGCAAAGGCAUUGUUUUUUUCUUACUAUUCUGCUCUUUAUUCAUUUCGCCAUUAUUUUUUUGAUUCACGGAAUUUAGUAUUUUUCUAG